AUGUUACCGUCUAUGACGUUCGACUUUCCAGAUCGAGAUGAGAGAAUCACGGCAAAUCGAUUGCCGCCAUCCCGAAUGAAGGACUCGAAGGGAAACGUGCGGAAGAGACGAGCGCUGCAGCAGGGUAGGAGAAGAAGAGCCGAAAUCAGCGAUCCUGGCAUCGAGUCACGACAACGACCCGUAGCACAGGUUUCAUCGAACUUGGAAGAACACGAGUCGGGAAGGAUUAUCGAAGGAAAACCCAGUGAAGGAAGUUCGUCGAGUGAAACCGCAGAAUCUCGAGGCGAGGAAUAUUUCGAGGAGACUCCCCACACAGAUGUCGAUGGAGGGAGUAAGGACUCUGAGUCCGAGGAGAGUAGCCAGGUGGAUAUUGACGACGGUGAUGAGAACUCUGUGUCCGAGGAGGUCUCAGAAGAUCCGUCACAGUCAACUCUCGACGAAGACUCAGAUACCGAAGAAGAAGACGAGGAAGCAACCGAAUCGGAUAUCGUCGAAGGAUCUUCCGGAUCGGGGCUCGAUGGAGGGGAUCCUACGGCGUCUGCCGGUGGGGACCCAGAUGAGGCUCUGGAGGAUGAAACCGCCCAGCGAUACCCUCCAGAUGCUUUCAUGGACCGCCAACCAGAUCCGGAAAGCCCAGCAAUUCAAUCGCUCAAUCCACGAUUGGGACCUGCGUCGGAUCCUCAGGAAUUUGUGCGCGGGGGUUAUAGAGGCGCUGCUGCUCGGUUGAAUGUAGUGCCAAGCCUUCAGGCCGACGCUGGCGGUGAGUUCUUAUCCCCUCCGGCUUCACUGACAUCGAUGUAUUAUCCGGACGCAACUCAAGACAACCUCCCAGUACCGGACGGUCCUCAUGACCAUGCCGAGCCUCACGGUGAUUCUUCACCGCUCACGUAUCCCGUUGGACCUCUCCCGCAAGACAUCCUCAACGAGGAAUCCCUGACCUUAAGGAGUUUGCGUCGAAGUCCCAUCAGUCCCGAGCAAGAGUUCCUGCACGGCGCUACACCGGUGCAGUCGCUAACCGCGAGGCUCUCACAUCGCCCGUAUCCGCCGAUGACACUUUCGGACUCAUCCGCUUACGCGAGAGCCAAAGCUGAGGCUGAAGCAGCGGCUUACGGUUCCUACGACGAUUACGCUUCUGCCGCUGCGAAAGCUGCAGCCGAGGCGGAGGCAUACGGCUACGGUACGUACGACGCUUACCUCGCCAGUCCAGGUCUUUCCAGUGAUCUCGAGAACUCCUUGGAGAACCUACGCAAGCGAUCGGCCUACAAUCCAUUAGCUCUGGAGAACGGGCUCCAGCCCCUACACGACGGGUCCUCGAUGCAAUCGCUAUCAUCGCGGUGCGGACAUCAUCCAUAUCCGCCGACCCCACGUCCGUACCCGUCUGCGUGGGCCAAAGCAAAAGCCGAGGCCCAGGCCCAAGCGGGGUCCUCUGGCUACGGCCCGUUCGGGAGCUGGGGAGGCGCUUCUGCUUCUGCGAAAGCCCAAGCUGAAGCCGAGGCCUACUAUCGCAAUCGGUAUCGAAGUCGUUCAGCCCUCCUCGCUGCUCUCCAAGCUCACCCUUCGGCUGCUUCGGUCACGUCGAGAGAUUCGAUCACUUCUGCUAAAGACGCGCCCGGCGAGCCGUUGACAAAAGGGAGGCUGUCCAUGCGCGAGAAGCAGCAGCAGGACAGCCAAAGGGAGCCGAGUGGGUCCUACCUCAAAACACAGAAAAGGUCCGGCACUCGUGAUCCGUCGAAACGUUCUCGAGCGAAGGCUCCGAUUCCGAGAUCCUCUAAAGGCAAAUCGUCCAAGGGGAAGCAGAAAUCCAAGAAGAAAGGCCAGUCCGACCAGAUCGGUGGAACUCAAGAGCCCACAGAGACGACCGCACUCAGCUCAACCCCGAAAACGGAGGCGGAGACAUUCGACGGUAAAUUGGGAUCGAAAUCGGAACCGGACGUAGAGAAACCAUCGAAUGAGGAAGAGAAGGGUCGAACCGACGACGAGCUGAGCGAGGACGAGGAGCAGGCCGCCAAAAUCAUCGCUAACGCCAUAAGGGAGGCGAUACAAGAGGAAUACGGCGAAGAUACGUCGAUUGACGAGAUCCUUAAAAGCAAGAAGAAAGUUCUGGAAGAGCACUUGAAGGCGUUGCGGGACGAACGGUCCGACUCAAAGGGAAAGCCCAAGAGGAAAUCUCCAUCGAACAUCACAGAGGGUGCGGAGUUCGACGCGUUCGAUGACGAGACCAAGGAGCUCAUCGAAACACUAGCGGAGGUCUUACGCGAGGGACUGAAGGAGGAGAUGAAGAACAAGCCCCCCAGCGAUCCAACAGCAAAGGAAAACCGAACUGGGGACGAGGAGGAAUCCGCGGGGAAAGCGGGAGAUGGAAAAUCGGGGAACUCUCUCAAGUCAACCCCGGAGCCAAGCGGGAAGGGGCCGUCAAGUCGAUUCACGGAAUCUCGGGACGAGAGAGAAGAGAACGGGGUUGACGAGACGGAUACGGAUUCGGAGAACGAGGACUUGCUGUUCGACAUCGAAUUGGAAGACGCUUCCCAAUCGCCCGAAACAGUUUCGGAAAACGAAAAGGGGUACGAGGAGCCGCGAAAGGACGGGGAUCAGAACUCCCAGUCAGAAACGACCGAGAAGCCAGGAUCGAGUUCAGAGCCCGACAGGAAAUCUCCAUCUGAGCAGAAGCGAAGAGAUCGAGCCCCGGAUCCGAAGAAGAACGCGGUUCCUCCAACCUCAUCUGAGCACUACGUAGGCACUCAAUCCGGAAUGGAAGUCUCGACCGAGCCCUCCGUGAGGGGUGACCUGCUGGAGGGAGAGACUGAAAAGAAAGAGAAACAGGGCAAAGAAAAAAAAUCAAAAAACAAGAAACCGAAGGCCGAGACGGAACCUCGCAAAAAAUCGCCGUCGGCUCCGGUCUCGAGAUCUCGACGGAGCAAGGAACCGACUGGGGAGUUUGAAUCCGACGAAUCAGAGUCUGAAGAAAUAGAAAUGGAUUUGGUGCCCAACAAACCCAAAGAACGAAUUCCGUUCGACCAAGCCUCCGCAAGGCCGGGUCAAGCCGGGAGGCUCGCGGAUCUGCCGGGGCCGGGGCCGCUUGCUCAACUUGCACAAAAACCGAUCCCAGGUGCCUUGUCGUCUCAGAUUCCGGGUUCUCGACCUUCGAAGCUCGUUCGUACACCUCAGGAUUAUCGCGCCAAGCCUCCAAGACGGAAGGAAGCGCUUUCAAGUCGAGGAGAGCAAAGCUCAGAGGACUCCAGCCAGUCCGAAGAGCAGCCACAGUACUUAAGCGGAGCGAAGGGUUCCAAAUCGAGGAGCGACGAUUCCGUUGGCCACAUGGCUCUCAAGACACCUGAUGACAAGAGAGCCCGCUUUCAAAGUGAAUUCGAUAGUCUCAAAGAUAAAAUUGCCAACAAGAAAAGCUCAUCGGAACCGAGUAAGCAGAAAUCGCGAACAAGAAUGAAAUUCAAAGGCUCGAGUGGUAAAAUCCAUCCCGGGUUAACGACCCGGCCCGCGGCAGAGGGCGAGCGUGGUGCGCUGUCUAAAAUUAAAGACUUCGAUAGAGGAACCCCUCACACCUCCACACAGUCGGAUGAGAAAUCACCGCGUCUCAUGUCGGAGAUCCAUGAAUUGGGAAACAAGCUCCAUUACAGGUCAACGACUCCGGAGUCGGCGGUGAGCUCACCGGGUGCUCCGUCGGGACAACAAGAGGGAGGUAACGGGACCGUGCGCAAUACGACAUCCCCGGCAUCAGUCGAAAGCACACCGGGCGUCAUAUCCAAGAUUCAAAAUCUGAAGAAGGGCUUUCUCGACAAGUCAUCAACUGCAGCCACUGCAUCAGAUCCUCUGACGAAGAUAAAAGGUCUAGGUGAGGGCUUCGUCGGUAGGACAACACCGUCGGCUCUACAGGAAGGUGUAUCUAAUGCAGGUUCCAGAAUCAGAGCCAUCAGUAAUAACAUCAAGGACAAACUGACGUACCAAGCACCGAAUAAUAGCAAUGAGCUGGAGGAUUCAAGCGAGAGAGACGACCCGAGUCCUACAAGACCGAGUCUGGCCCCAGACUCGCUGUUUGCAUUGAAAAAUUCAGAGGAAUUGAAAGCACCGGCUCCGAAUGGGGAGAAGGACCCAUUGAACGGCAUUGGGGGCGAGGGACUCCGGAAGGCGAUCGGGGAAAAGAAACCGAGCAGAAAGAAAUCCGAUUCCCCAAAAUCAGCGAGCAAGAGGAAGUCGGCGAAGAAGAAAAGCAAAAAACCUCUCCUCUCAUCCGAGAGCUCCAGAAAGAAAAACAGACGAACAUCGAGGAAACCAUUUCCGAACGAAGAGACCGAUCGGAGGUCAUCGCCUCCAGACGGACGAAAUAUCACGCAAUCGGAUGUAUCUCGGUCAACGCCCGGAAUGACCAUGACUGUCUCGAAAUCGCCCAAGGAUGACAGCAGAGCUGAACUCAAGAGGAAAUUCACCGGAGCGGAUGCUACCGGCGCAGGAAAACUCCGCACGCAGAAACCUGACAAGAAAGAGCCCGACACGGAGGAAGGGGAUUCGAUUCUCAGCAUAUUUAAAAACCUUUUCUCCUCGAAGAAGGAAGCCAGCAAGUCUUGA